AUGGCGAACACCGCGAUAGAUGGGCUUCGCCUGCUCUCUCACCAUCUGUCCAAGCACUGGGCCGAUCCAUUCGCCGCCAAAAGCAAUUGGACGUCGAAUAAAGCCAAGGCCACAAUACUCGGCAGCCUCCCCAAAGUAAUUACCAUUCGCAACGGAGAAUAUUCUUCCCGCCUCCUCGACGAGACCAGGCCGCCCUCCUCGGGACCCGGGGACAAGGACGAGUUGCGAAACGGAGAUCUGCCGGUGAAUGGGCCGAGCUUGGAAUUGGUUGUCGUGCCGAGAGAUGAGAACGACCGCGUCAAUCUUUCUUCGAAAAGUCACAAUUUCGCCAAGAUUAUCGCAGCGUCAAACAUUGACCCCGUCAUCCACCAGCACAUUUACCUUUGCAGCUAUGGCUUUUACCACUACGAUAGCGACGGUCUGGUCGAAGCGACGGGUCAGCCGCGGAGUUUCUAUUUCGGAUGCUUUCUCUAUUCGAUAGCUUGGUCUUUUAACCCGGCGACUAUGAAGACCACUGGAAUUAUCAUCCUCCGCACCGUUAAGAGGCAUAACUAUGGUGCACUUCCCUUGGAGAUGUUAGAGGGGGUUCUAAAAGUCUACUCCAAAUUCCUCACCUCACCUCUCUUCUUAGCGUUUGCUUCUUUCAUAAUGCUCGCCCACGUUCUCGACGAUAAUGUCUAUCGAAACGUGGACCUUCUCAGGCAUGUCGAGAGAGAUACCGAGCAUGGGCCUGGUCGGGAAGGGCCGCGCAUGUUCUACAAGCAGCCCGAUAAUUUGAGCGAUGUUUCCAUCGGCGACGGCGAUGAAAUGCCUGGCGUGGAGAGGCAGGAUACCGUGAUUCUGGAGGAUAAAACCGACAACAUCAACAAGUUGACCGAGGUCUCGCAGCAGCUUGCCGAUAUCAACGUCCACUUAGCAAAUCUGCAACGACAUGUGAAGUUUCUCAUGACCAUGGCGGAAACUCUUGAAGACGUGUCAUUCCGAGAAUACCAGUUCGACGGCAUCCCGAGCGGCCUGCUUGAUUCAGCUCGUGCAUCAACCGAAGAGCUGCUGCGGCCCCUCCCAUCCCUCAAGAGGCGCAUCUUGGCCGUCGAGCCCUCGAUUGAAUAUCUUCAAGACAGAGCAAAGAGUUUAUCACAAGUGGUUUCUGGUCUCUUGACGCACGAAGAUGCAGAAGUCAACAUCAACGUCGCCGAGCGCGCGAGGAAGGAUAGCUCGGCGAUGAAAACGAUUGCGCUCAUGACCAUGCUCUUCCUCCCCGGCACCUUUUACGCGGCGGUCUUCGCCAUGCCAACAUUGAAGUGGAGCGACGACGCGCCUGGCGUCAUACAAAAGGAGUUCUGGAUGUUUUGGGCGUUUACGAUUCCAUCAACGGUUCUGGUGAUGAUCGCAUCGGUGAUGCUGCAUCAACGGAAGAAGCUUGUCUCAAAAGGGAAGCGCUGGGCCAAAGAGUGGAAGAUGCGACGGGCGCAACCGCGGGGGCGUCAGAGGAAGAGGGAUAUGCCGCAACUUCCAGCGCACGACCCGGAGAAGGCUUAUACCAUGACUCCCAAAGCCAAUUAA